AUGGAUUCCAGAAUUGUUCGCGAUUUCUCUAUUUACGAUACUUUGCUUCCCCUACAUGGUUCUUCGGAUGAGAACUCCGAAACUAAUAACGACAAACCUGCUGAUGAAAAACGCUCUACACUUAGAGGUGCUGCCUCAAAGCCCAGUCCCACUGGCCUUAUCACAGUGGGAAAAUGUCUUGAGCAACACCUUGGUCACUGGUAUCGGUACCGUGGCUUAAGCAUGGCUCUAGCCUACCGGUUGGCCAAAGCAGUCUUGAUCUACCUUACUCCUCUCAGUCCUCUCCGGGACAAUAAUAUCUUCCAAUGGUUCCUCUAUAACGCAGCCAUCGAAACGUCUCUUUCAAUCCUGCAGGUGGCUCUCGUCCAUAUCAUCAUCUCACGGCCUUCUCAUCAGCGGUUCUAUCAGUACAUCCCAGGUCUAAGUAGCUGGGUAACUAUUGCCCCGAUCGCUACCCUCUCCAGCACUCUGGCAAGUGCGAAUUUCUACUUUCCCAUAUUUCUGAUUAGACAAUUCGGUAAGGCGGGUGGAGCAGGCUCAAUCACCAGCACUACGGAAUCCUACACAAUUGGAAUAACCUUGCUUGCGACAGCCCUUCUGUUUUUCCUAGGUGUUGCUCCAACGCGUGCGAUCUUUAUCCGACAGGCUGCUUCCUUACUGCCCGAGCAUAUCGAGCUGGCUGUGCCCUUUGACCAUACGUUUGGCGGGAAGGUGGUCCCCGUUGCGCUUGGAGGGAGCGGGAGAUUGAAUAUUUCGGAUGCAUGGGUUAGCUUUACCUUUGCUGGUCGCGUUCGCUACUUUGGAUUCCUUGGGAAGGCUUUUGUACUCAUGAUGACGGGCUGGUUUCUUCUUUUCUUUAUUACUAUGCCUUUGGGCUAUUCUGUGGUAUCCGCAUUGGAUAUCAAUUUCCUUGCGUGA